AUGUCCGGACCCGGAGCUGGUUAUGAAUUUCCCGCCCAGGAAGUCUCCUGGCUCAAGCGGGAUGUGUUGCUCUUUGCCAACAGCAUCGGGGCGACCGCCGACGAACUGCACUUUCUCUACGAGCUGCAUCCCAAUUUUGCCGUCUUUCCAACUUAUCCGAUUAUCUUGUCAUUCAAGCUCACAGACUCCGAGGUGACUGACUUCUAUGCUCGUCAAAAAGCCAACCCGGUUCCUGGUGUCCCCAAAUUCGAUCCUAGACGGUCGGUUGACGGCCAGCGGAAAUUGACCGUUCUCAAGCCCCUGCCCCCGAGCAGUGCUGGCAAGCAGUUUGAAUUGCGCAACAAGGUCAUCGGUGUCUAUGACAAGGGCAAGGCUGGUUCAGUGAUGGAGACAGAACAAACCAUCGUGGACAAAUCAACGGGGGAGAUCUACACCAAGAUAGUGAGCAGUGGGUUCUUUGUCGGCCAGGGUAACUGGGGUGGUCCCAAAGGUCCUAGCACUCCCAACUAUCCUCCCCCAGAAAGCCGUAAACCUGAUGCCACACAUGAAGUGCAAACCACAGCGGAAACUCCUCUUCUGUAUCGUCUGAACGGCGACUAUAACCCUCUUCAUGCUACACCCGAGCCAGGACAGCAGAUGGGCUUCGGAGGCACCAUCAUCCACGGUCUCUUCAGCUGGAACAGUGCUGCUCACGCCAUUCUCAAGGCGUUUGGCGGCAGCGACCCCAACAACUUUCGCGAAUUCCAGGCACGCUUUGCAUCUCCGGUGAGGCCAGGUGACCGUCUCACCACGGAAAUGUGGAGGGUCGGCGAUGCCACGGAUGGGUUCGAAGAGAUCCGAUUUGUGACCAAGAAUGACAAGGGGAAGGUCGUCCUGAGCAACGGUCGGGCUCUGAUUAAAGUAGCCAAGUCAGGCUCGAAAUUGUAA